UGUUCUUUACUUAUUUUUGAUAAAAUGUUAAAGUACGAACAAAAUUGUCGGAUUUGUUUAACGCAUAGAGAGGACUUGUGUUCUUUAUACACUAAAGUGCCUCAUUUUAAGCAGCCCAAAUGCUUGACAAAAAUAAUAAAGGAAAUAAGUGGAGCGAGUAUUGUCGAAAAAUUCGAGCCAAAUGCAAAAAUCUGUACUGGAUGUUAUAAGGCAAUUAUUGAUGCUGUGGACAUAAUAAUGAAGUGCAAAAACAGCUGCAAAAAUGCUGACGAAUUUAAUACAAUUAAAGUAGAAUUAUUGGAGAAUAAUAUUGAGGAAACUGUAUUAAGCAAUCACAAAAGAGUUGAGUACACUUCAGAGAAAAAUGUGACUAAUCUAAACUCAGAUAUUUACUCAGAAGCGCCGACCAACAAUACCUGUUCAUUUGACCCUAGUAAUAAAAAAACCAAUAGACGAAAAUAUAUACGAAGAGUCAAUGCUAAUAAAGAAUUUUAUUUUCGAUGUACGCACUGCAGUUAUUUUACGUGCUUCGCUACAUAUUACCGCAAACAUUUGGAGGAAAUCCACAAAAUUAUGAAUGCACGUAUUUUUAAAUGCACACAAUGUGAGGAUAAGGACUUCCUAGAACAUCGGUACUUACAGGAACACAUAGAACUAAAACAUAAGCAACUGCCGAAAUAUUUGAAUUUUCUAUGCUCUGAAUGUGGAGCUGGUUUCAACAAGUCCAGUACCCUGCGUUAUCAUCAACGAACCCAUUUGCCAAAAGCAUCUCGUAAAGCAAUACAAUCAGUACGCUGCGAAUUUUGUAAUAAGAACUUCUCAAAGAAUAGCAUACGUAUGCAUAAGAAGGUAGUACAUGCUGCACAGCGACCGCAUGCCUGUAAAAUAUGUCAAGUCGAUUUUGCACUCUACAGUUCCUUACAGUCGCACAUGCGAAAUUCCCAUUCCACUUUGAAAUAUUCAUGUCCUUGCUGUGAAAGUAAAUUUCGUAUUAAAAGUGUUUAUGACGCACAUCUACAGCGUGGUACUUGCAAAAAAUUGGGCUUCAACUGCAGUUACUGUGCUUGGAGAUUUAGGACAGCAGAACGUUUAAGAAAACACGAGAUUAAUGUACAUAAAAACUUGCUAUAUGCAGAUAAAGACUUCAAUAACGACAAUAAUACACACUCUAAAGUGUGUAAAACAGAUGAUCAUGAAAAAACUUAGUCAAUAUGGACAAUUAUUUAUCGAUUUUUGAUUCCACAUUUCAUCUGUGUUUCUGUUGAUACAUUCUGCUGACUGAAAAUAUUCUUAUAAGAGAAUACAUACAAAUGGAUAGAUAUACAUAUAUUUAUAGUUAAGAGAUACUCAUAUAAAAAAGAAACCAGAAUAGAUGGACAUAUAUCGUGCUGUUUUGUUUAGGUCAGUAACCACAAAGUUCAGUUGAAGUUCGGUUAGUUCAGACUACAGAAAAUGUUGAGAAAAAAUAUAUUACUAUUUCUUUUAUUUGUUAUCUUGGGCAUAACUGCUCGCGUUGGGCUUGCUGCACCACUUGUGGAUACACGCUGGAAUUAUCCAAGAAUUGGGCAACGUCAGUCAAGGUAUCAUCAACGAGGAAGUCCACCAUUUGUUCCAUAUGUUCAGAAGACUUACUAAAAAUGCUCAAGAUUUUUUUGAUUAAUA